AUGAAAAAGCACCAACUCACCUCUUUAGAUGAUAUUCCUGAUUUUGAUUUUGAUGAAAUGAUUAACCAAACUGAGGAAUGUAGUGAUACUAAACAACCAAAAUAUGCUUCAAAAAUUAUUGAGAAAGUACAAAAAAGAAAAGACUUUUUAGAAAGAACAAGAAAUAAACGAAAUGAAAGAAUUUUAAAUGAAGAAGAAAAGAAAGGAAUUUAUUCAGGAAAAUCACUUCGUUUUGAAAGUAAAAGUUAUAAAGAUUUUAAAGACUUAGAAAAAACCCCAACACAACAACCACCUGAUAUGAAUGAGUUUUAUAGAAAUAUUCUUCUAAAACAAAAUACAACAAUAAAAGAUAAUUUCACACCAGAGUUGCAAAGUAGUAAAACACAAGAAAAAAAGAUUAAAAAUGAAGAAUAUGAAAGAAAAAAAGAAAUUUUUAAGCAACAAUAUCAAACAGCUCUUAAUGAACGAGAACAACAAGAAAUGAAAGAUAUAGAACGAUUAAAAGAAUUAUCAGAAUCUAAAGUUAGUAGAAAAGAUAUUGAGAAUGCAAAACAAAGGUAUUUACUUAGAAAAAAAUUGAAAGAAAAAGAAAAUCAAAUUAAAACAAAUUAA